AUGGUACGCUUGAAUCCACGCGCUCCAGCACUGAUUGCUUGGAGUUUGAUAUUGCUCUUCAUUGCUGCUGGUGCGGUGGUUUUGAGGGUAAUCUCGACACGAAUACGGCAUCGGCAAUUCAAAUGCCAUGAUUAUCUCGUAUUCUUCUCACUGAUGGCCUUGACGGGAUAUGUAAUCGACGUUUUGACGGGAGCGAUCAUUGGCGGUUAUGGCGGACAUACUUCGAUCAUGGCGGCUCGCCAUCCAGAACAGUUGAUAAGUGCCUUGAAGACAUUCUGGGCGUCCGAGUGGUUUUGGGCGACAGCGACAGCCUCUUUCCGCCUCGCCAUUCUCUUACUCUAUAUUGAAAUCUUCCCGAACAACCCGGUGUUCUUCUGGACAGCGACAGGAGUGGCUGGCCUGGUCUUCCUAUACUGGGUGGCCUCCAUUUUGACAAUUGCCCUUCUAUGUCGGCCGGUCGCAUACAACUGGGAUCGCACUAUUCCAGGUGUUUGCGGCGACGUGAUCAAGACCGAAUAUGCCUCGGCGGGAUUCAACAUGGGCAUUGACCUGGGUGUCGUGCUAUUGCCCCUACCCAUCGUAUGGAGGCUUCAUAUGUCAAGCCGCAAGAAAACCGGUGUGACGGCAUCCUUCGCAUUGGGAGUCCUCACGGCUGGUAUCAAUUUGGGCCGCAUUAUUCAGACCAAACUCUGUCCAACGGACGAUAUCAUUUACUGCGCAAGGGACAGUUCUAUCUUUGUGAUUGCCGAGAUGACUGCAGGGAUCCUAGUGGCUUGUGUUCCAACUCUGGGCCCUUUGAUCUUUCGUGGGCGCCAUGUGCCUUCACCUAGACCGCACGACUUACCGACAAUUGGGUCUGCUCGAACUCGUCCACGUCGUUAUAUGGCCAAGUUUGACUCUCUUCUUUCCACGCUCGACCGUAGCCAUGUGGAAGAGGAGAGACACAAGACGUGGAAUGAGCUAGGGGAUGCUAGUGCGCCGACCGCACAUGCAAUGGUUGGGCCUGGCCAAAAGGGAACAGACGGGGGAAUCCUGGUGACUCGCGACUUGGACGUGCAUAGUCUGAAUCCACAUGCCCCCCACGGUGAAGCCGUUUGA